AUGUCAAAGGAAGCGCAGCUCUCGAUCGCUGAGCGCGACUUCAUUCUUGAGGCCCUCCGUCAGGAUGUGCGCCUGGAUGGCCGUAAGCCUGAUGAAUACCGCCCACUAAACAUCACCUUUGGUGAAGAAUACGGACAUGUGAAUCUGCAGCUUGGCAAGACACACAUCAUUGUCCGCAUCUCCGCAGAGGUCACCAAGCCCCGUGACGACCGACCUUUCGAUGGUUUAUUCAAUAUCAACAUGGAGCUAACCAACAUGGGCUCACCUGCUUGGGACAAUGGACGAUCCAAUGACCUCGAAGCAGCCGUUACCCACACCCUUGACCGUGUCAUUCGUCACUCCAAUGCUCUGGAUACCGAAUCUCUCUGCAUUCUGAAGGGUGUCAGCUGCUGGAGCAUUCGCGCUGAUGUGCAUGUGCUUGACUACGAUGGAAAUCUUACGGAUGCCGCCUGCAUUGCGACCAUGGCUGGACUUCAACACUUCCGCCGGCCGGAUGCUGUGGUUAGAGACGGGAAGGUCAUUGUCUAUGGCGUGGAGCAGCGGGUUCCCGUCGCACUCAACAUUACCCACAAGCCUCUAUCAGUUACCUUCCACACAUACAACGACAGCAAGCACGUCAUUGUCGAUGCCACGCUCAAGGAGGAGCAGGCCGCCGAGGGCGAUCUCGUCAUCGGCAUCAACAACGCCGGUGACCUCUGUUAUGCCUCCAAGAUUGCCGGUGCCCCGGUGGAUGCUAUGGUCAUUGUAACUAAGACGAGUAUCGCGUGGGAGAAGGUCAAGGUGCUCAAUGCUGCCAUUGACAAGGUCCUACAGGCUGAUCUGGCUAAGCGCGCAAAGGUUGGCAUGGCUGAUGAAUCUCGUGCAGAGAAUGAUCGGGAGGUCCAACCUGAAUGA